AUGAUGAAGAGUGUGGUGGGGGAUGCACUCCUCUUCCUGAUGCUACUCCUGAUAGGGCUUGCUAAGGGAACACACUUCACUCCUCCAGCGAAACCCAAGCUGACCAGCUGUCGUUCCCCGGAGAAAGAGACCUUCACGUGCUGGUGGGAGCCAGGCUCUGACGGGGGUUUGCCGACCACCUAUGCCCUCUUCUACCACAAGGAAAACUCUGACACGGCGUAUGAAUGUCCAGACUACCAUACUGCUGGGGAGAACUCUUGUUUCUUCAACAAGAACGACACAUCGAUCUGGGUCAACUACAACAUUACUGUGGUGGCCACCAAUGCCCUAGGCAGCAACUUCUCUGACCCUGUGGAUGUCGACGUGGUCUAUAUUGUCCAGCCUCACACUCCUGAGAAUGUGUCGGUGGCCGUAAUAGAAGACGAGGAUGGGCCGUUCCUCCGAGUCUCGUGGGAGCCACCGCGCAAGGCUGACACGCGCUCUGGGUGGAUCACUCUGAUAUAUGAACUCCGUGUCAAGCUGGAGGGAGAUGACAAAUGGGAGGAGCACCGUGCAGGUCAGCAGAAGAUGUUCAAUAUCUUCAGUCUGCGUUCUGGUGGAGCAUACCUUGUUCAGGUGCGCUGUAAACCAGAUCAUGGCUUCUGGAGCGAAUGGAGUUCCACUACCUACAUCAAAGUUCCUGACUACAUCCCUCGGGAAAGGUCCAUGGGGAUCCUCAUAGCAACCCUCUCUGUCUUCAUCUUCCUCAUCCUCACUUGGAUGCUAAACAUUAAGUGCCACAGUGUAAAGCAUUGCCUGUUGCCCCCAGUUCCUGGCCCUAAGAUCAAAGGAUUUGAUAAGCAGCUUCUUAAGAAUGGUAGGUCUGAGGAGAUCUUCAGUGCACUUGUAGUGCCUGGUUUCCCACCAACCACUUCACCUGACUAUGAGGAGUUGGUGGUGGGGUAUUUGGAGGUUUAUGCCCCUGAGGAACAGGAGCUGAUGCUGGAAGAGAACAAAGACCCGGGGGGCUGCCUCAAAUCCAAGGAUUCCCCAUCUGAUAGCGACUCUGGCUGGAGCAGUUGUGACAGCCACACAUUGAUGAUGGAGAGGUGUGGAGAUGCAAAGGAGGAGGAAAGAGAGAAAGAAGAGAAGAAUGGCACGGUGAAGGGGAAGCAGAGUUCCCAAACAUGCUGGGAGGAGGGAGAAGUCAACCAGAUCCAUGAGGAUAUGGUCAGCCCUGACAUGUCCAAUGAGAGAGUAAAGACCUGGCCGUGUUUCUCUCCUCUGCCUCAGUACAACUCCACACCUUCAGACCAGCAAUGCUCACUGGACACUACCAAGCACUUGUACUUCUCUGACAGCCUCUUCCCCCCAUCUUCCUCAAGCUCUCACACAGACCAACUUGGCUACAGCACCAAGGAAGGCCUGGCUCUAAGGUCUGCCCAAUGGGAUUGCCACCAUCAGUCUCACCAGCUUCAUCCCCAGAUACAGCCUCAACAGCCCCUUCAGGCUCUCAGCAAUUUCAACAUCCCCGGUAUAGAGCACAAACAGGUAGGCACUGGGCUGCAGUUACCAUUCUUCAGGUCCAUGGAGUAUGUUGAGGUCCAAAGGGUCAACCAAAAUGACAUGGUGCUUCUACAGCCCCUGUCAACAGGCCAUGGCCAAAAAGAGGGUCACUCUCACACAUUUAAGAGGGGGGACUACAGUAAGGUGAAGGGGGUGGACAGUGGAAACAUGCUGCUACUCCAGAGAGCGGUAGAGGUGAUGGAGGAGGAGAGGGACAGGUGCCCUUGUGACAGCCAGGUUAGUGAUGGAGAAACAGAGAGCUGCUACACAACAUCCACCGCUGAUACCACCCAGAUGUCAAGGAAGCCAACAGUUUGUAUCCUGCCUCCCAUGACUCUCCAGGAAGACAUGGCCUUGGCUGCAAAUGGGUAUGUGGAUACAGCCACUAUGCUGACCACUUAG